GCGACGGAGCUUCACAAGGUGAGGAAGAUGGACGCAAAAUGCUGGGCUAACUCAGCGGGACAGACGGCUGCUCUGGAGAGAAGGAAUGCGUGAGGUUUCAGCUGAGAAGAGAAAUGAAAACAAGAACCUCUCCUCUACUUCAUGUUCAUGUUGAUGAAACUACUCCUGUUCACGUUCAUGUCAAGAAGAGUCCGAAACAAGGAAAGAGGGUCCAGCAGAAGCUGAAAGGAGCAUUAGAAUGUGGCAAUCUGCGACCAUGCAGCAAGGUAAAGACCAAAGUACCAUGGAUUCCACCAGGCAAAACGUCAGUAAGAGAACUUGGCUACAAAUGGGAGGGUCCAACACAUCGACUGGAUAUAACACCUAUUGACACUGAGAAAUUCCACUCAACACUUCACCUGAGUGACCUCUCCACUGAUGAUGAGGAAGUUAUACAUGGGAAGAUGAAUCAGUAUGAGAAAAAAAUCAACUGUCUUAUGAAGCAAGUGGGAUCAUUAAAGAGUGAGGAUGAAUUGAGAAAGAAAAAUCAUUUGCUGGAACAGCAAGAGGAGGAGCUAAACCUAUCCAAGCAGUUGAUUGAAGAGAAGGAGGUGGAAUUAGCUGAUGUCACCAAGGAGCUUGUUCUUACUGAGCAUAAGAAUGAACUACUACAAAGGAGCAUUGAAAUGAUGAAAGAGGACCAAGAAAAUUCCCGCUCAGAAAAAAAGCAUUGGCGAAAAGGUGACACUGUGUUGAAAAAGCUGGUCGAGGCUGAAAUGGAUGCAGCUGCUGCAGCAAAACAGGUUGCAGCUCUACACAGCACUAUCAGUAAGCUGGGCAGUGAGAAGCAAAUGUCAGCUUCAGAAUGUAACUUCUUGACACGUCAGAAGGAAUUGCUAUUGCAGAAAUUGGAGACGUUUGACGUAACAAAUCGAGCAGUUCGGGAGCUACUAAGAGAACAACAUGCACAGGAGGCUGAUGCUUUGAGGCUAUUCGAGCUAAAAGAAACCCUCCUUGAAAAACUGGCUCGGGCAGAAGCAGAAAAUGCGCACCUGUUAGUGAAGCUACAGGAGAUUGAACGCCGGACAGACCAGCUUCUUACUCAGUAUCAAGCAGAAAAGGAUAAUGCUCACGCAGCGGCAGAGUUAUCCAAAUCACUUGAAAGCACUCGAGCCCAUCUACAGGGACAGCUUCGCAGUAAAGAGGCAGAAAACAAUCGUAUGGCUGUGCAGAUUAGGAAUUUUGAGCGUACCAUUGCGCAGCAGAAAGGGCAAGCGGACUACUUAACAGAGCAAUUAAGGUUGUUUCAUAACAAAGGGGACAGAGACAAGGAGGCCUUAAAGAAAGCCACAAAGGCUCAGAAACAACGAGCUGAACGCAGUGAAGAUGCAGUCGAAUUGCUCAAUUCCCAGCUUGUUGGAAAGGAGACACAGUUGGCAGAUGCACUGUCAUCAGCUGAGACUUGGAGAAGUUGUUAUAACAAGGUGAUGAAAGAAAAGAGUCAACUGGAGAUUGAGAUCUCAAUCGUGAACAACCGUGUUACGGGUCUACUGGAUCAAACUCAUAAUGUGGAGGAUAAGGCUAGAGGAGACCUGGAUUCACUCGUGGACAGACUCCACAAGAUGUCCUCAGAAAGCACAUCCAUCAAAAUAGAGAAUGAGACAAUGAAGGCAAAUAUGAAUGCUUUGGAGGAAAAGUUCAUGUUUGCUCAGACUGAGAUGCAACAACUAAAAAUCUCUAUCAAACACUAUGAAGGGCUGGUGGACAGUUACAAAUCUCAGGUGAUAAAGACACGUUUGGAGGCAGAUGAUUACAAUAUAAAGCUGGAGAAGGCAGAGAGGGAGAACAAGUUACUGAAAGAUGAAGUGAAUAUCGAAAUUGACCAGGUGCGUAGACAAAUGCAGAAAAAACUGAGUGAUCUUGAAUCUGUUCCCGAGUUGUUGAAGUUAACUGAACAUAAACUACAGGACUGCCAGCAACAGCUGGCCAUGUAUGAGAAGAAAAAUGUGGAUCAGUCCUCCAUUAUAUGUGAUCUCAGGAUGGAGAUAGAGGAACUAGGUGGAAGGUCAAGAGAGAAGUAUCACAGUGUGCAAGAAGAAAAUCAUAAUUUAAAGUUGAAAUUGGAAACUUUGGAAAGGAAACUGGAAGAUGUUAGUACACAUAAUCGAGAGCUAACACUGGUGGUGGCACAACGGGAGGACACAAUUCAUCAUAAUCAGCAGCGUUUGGAGGAGAAAUCCCGUGAGUGUUCUAGCCUAACUCGUCAGCUGGAGACUUCCAUCGAUGAUGCCAGGCGCCAGGUGGACCAAUCCAGAGAGAGAGCUACUUCAAAGGAACGGACAUCACAGAACAAAAUACUGGACCUUGAGGCUCAAUUGAGCAGAACAAAAACAGAAUUGACUCAACUACGGCGGAGCAAAGAUGAUGCUGAGAGGCGUUUCCAGAGUCGCUUAGAAGAUUUGAAGGAUCGCCUGGAGCAGUCGGAAUGCACUAACCGCAGCAUGCAUAACUAUGUCCAGUUCCUCAAAUCCUCAUAUGCCAACGUCUUUGGUGAAACUGCAAUAACAAGUUCUCCAGUUUAAAUACGAUAACCUGUGAGGACGACUGGUAUCAAAAAAAUCAUCUUGCUGAAUUAUUUUUUUUCUGAGCUACUCGUUUCAAAACUAUAUUAAAAGGACACUGUACAGCAUGAAAGAGCAAUCUCUGCUGUUUUGCCCUGAAAUACAACUGGCCCUGUUAGCCCUAUAUUUAAAUCGAUCUUAAAGAACUACCUAAAUACAAAUUCCCAGACUUGGUAUGGAACUAGAUUUCUGACUAGGCUGAAUUAUCAGUCAAAAAAGGACACAAUAUGCUGGAGUAACUCAGCUGGUCCAGCAGCAUCUCUGGAGAACGUGGAUAGGUGACAUUUCGAGUUGGGGCCCCUUCAGACUGAAUGUAGGGGAAAUAAAGCAGUUCCCUAGGAUAUUUUUGCAGAAGAUGGGACCAGCAUUGAAACACUGAAAUUACUGCAAUUUAAAAUAUGCCCAUAAUUUCUUAAAAUUUACAAAUAUUUUUUGGCUACAAAAUUCUUAUGUCCAUGUAAUACCACAAUAUGGAGAUCAAAAUUCAGUCAGUGCAACAUGAGCUUUCAUUAUUUUUAGGCCAACUAUUGGAAUUUAAUUUUCCCUCGGUCAAAAAUGUUAUGCAUUUUUUAAUUUACAAUUGAUAAAGCAGUGAACAAGAUUACUCUGUAUUGAUUGAUCAAGAUUGAUUUGUAUUAUAUUUGGCCCAUGAUCAGUUGAUGUAGAGGCUGCACAAUGUGUUCUCUAUUUGUCAAUGCCAACAUAUCUCAUUUUGUUAAAAGUAAACUACAAACACUCUGACUUUAAAACAAGUUCUGGUAUUAAGUAACUUUUAAGGCUCUUGAUACCAAUUUUUUGGAUCCAAUUGUCAGGGCUGAAACAGCACCUACAAAAUACCUGAUCAUAUCAUCUCCGUUGGUUCAAAACUAAAGUCUCUUCCUAUCUGUCUUUAUCUCGCUAACAUACAGUAUUCUCUUUUGCUCUUUCUCCAAUUUUUGUGAUUUAUCUCUCAAAGCCCGGGGCUUGGUGUUAUCCUAAGAUCUUAAGUGGAAUUUUGCUGAAAGAUUUUUGCCUGUGUAAUCUGUGUGAGAACUGCCCCUUUAAUAAUGUUGCAAGUUUUCCAUGCCAAAGUCUGAAGUUUUUUAAAAGCCAAUCUAGCUAAAAAAAAGUCUCUCUUUUAGCUAUGUAGAGCUGCUUAGGAAAUGCUGUGGUUUUCUUUUUAAAAAUGUCUUAUUGGCGUAUAUUUAAGCCUUGAUUACAUUUAGUGGAUUGUUAAUUGUGUGCCAUUAAAAUAAUUGAAGUGAAGAGUGAAUUUUUUACUUAUUAUCAGGGAACUCGUUUGUCUAAUAACUUGGAUAUUAUGUGACAUUACUCCAUUCUCUGCUUAAGACAUAUUUUCAUCUUAAUUUUAAGUAUUAAAUACAAAUGUGUAUUUUAGAAGUAGUUGUGGCUCAGAAAUAGAUUUUUGUAACUACGCUUGCAUAUUUUUGUAUUCACUAUUUCUCAGUGCUUUGUGUUCCAUAAAUACUUAACAAGAAUCAGUCUGACACUCUAUUCUUUUGAUAGAUGAAUGUCUGGGAGCAGUUCCCAAAUUCUCCCUACACAUUAUUGAGGUAUGGCUUUGCACUGUGUUUUCAAAGGCAAAAUUCCCCAUUGUAAUAUUUCCUUGUCUAGCAUAAGAUAUAUAACAUUAUUAUGAGUACCAUCUCUAAAAUUGGCAAACUAAGAACUGUAAUUCAUUCUAGUUCAUUGUCCUCAUCUGCUCACAUGUAAAAUCUUGAGACAUGGAUAAUUAUUCCAAUUUUUAUUUUAAAGAGUUAACUGUAUAGCUUGGGUUGACUGGUUUUCCAUGUAUGGACGAUUGUAUAUGUUAGUUUUAAGUAACCUACCCUUUCAGCUUAUAAUUCAUCAAGAUAACUUUUCAGAUUUCCACAGCUUGCAAAGUCUGUUUGUUCAUAAUUCAUACCACUUUACAAUAGAUUACAAUGUAAGACAGAAUUUUGUGAAUUCAGCAUGAAAGCGAACUAUUCACCCAACAAUAAACAUGUGCCUUUGUUCAUGCUCUCCUUGAGCUAUCAUCCCACAUUCAUCUCAUCCUGCAAUCUACUGUAACAUGUUAAAGGCUAAGUCAUUGUUAAGAAAUUGUGGCCUGUUCCUCGGGUUUCAUAUUCAUUUUAUAUAUGCAGCCACAACAGUUUGACCAUUCACUCAUUGUCACUAUUAAAUUAUGAGGGAUUUAACCAUUUUUGGUCCCAUUGUACUCUGGUGCUUCAGCUAAACAUUUUGUGAAACACAUAAUAAAAUAAAAAAUGAUAAUUUUCAGGAUGUGAUUUUGUUCAUUAGUUGUAAAUAAUGUUUUUAUACUUGUAUGUUUUUAAAUAUUUACAAAUGUUUAUAAUCAGUAUCUUAUUUUUAUAUGAACAUAUUAAUAAAAAUGCCCAUUUGUUUGAAAGAC